AUGGACGAUCCAACCUCGAGAUUUGUGGUCAGUCGCGCCAUUCUCAGAACAUUUCCUCGCGACCUUUCUGGCUUCGGAACCGCGAUUUCCUCUGACGGAUUGCAAUUGUAUGACAGGUUCUUCUAGAAUGGAAGUAGAUGCCAUGUCCACCAUUAUCGAGUUAGUAACUGGAUGAAAUGGAAUUAACAUGAAGAAAGUCUAGACCACUGGCUUUAGAGCAUGAAGAUGCAUUGCUAAGUAGUUCAUCUUCAUGCUUGUCGUGGGCCUACUGGUAGUGGUAGACCACGUAGACCUCCGACGUGUUAUACCAUAGAAAAGGUACUCGAAAAGGAAAACUGAAUCUAGCUUUGUAAAAAGGUAAAGAAGUAUCUAAGGUAAGAAAAUGAUUCAUGGUUUCGCGGAUCCAGAGGAGGGUAUUAAGCCUCGGUCGAAAGAGGAAGCCGCGCAUGCUAAGGCCGCUGUUGAGCCGCGAACCAUGUGGAAGAUUGAGGCUAGUGUGUGUCGCUUGUUGCGCACCAAGUCCAUGCCAAGAGCAGAGAUGGAAGAGCGCAUGGGCCCCAGCUGGUGGCAGGGAGAAAGGAUGGCCGACGACGAUCCUCUGACGAGAGAACGACGGGCAACUUUAGCAGAUGCAUACUUCGAAGAUCAAAAUUCGCACCGAGACCAAGUGAGAAAAAGACUCCUCAGUAACAAAUACUUCCCAGGAAACGAUGCGGUUGCAAUGGUUUACAAGAAAAAACUACAAGCUCGAGCUCGACAAAAAGCGGAACCACCCCGCCCAGCAAGAGCAGCGACAGGAAUUACACCAGCUGCGGGAAGCCACGAAGGAGAUGGAAGUCGAAGACACCAUCAAGAUGAAGACUACACGAUUUUGAACGGCCCGAGUCAAGUGGUCGAUCAUUUAGGGUAUUUUCCAGGCGGAUUGUCGAUGCAUUUGCGGACACAAUUCGACAAGGAUGUUGAAAAAGCCGCGUCCAAGACUC